CGACAACCAGCACCACCGACAACUUUGUGCCCACGACAACCGACACAAUGGCCGCCAAGGAUACCAAGGGAAAGAAAGGAGGCAACAAGGCCGCUCAGGCUGCCAAGGCCGCUCUCAAGGGCACCAACUCCCACAAGAAGGUCAAGGCUCGCUACAGCACCUCCUUCCACCGCCCCAAGACCCUGAUCACUAGCCGUGCUCCCAAGUACCCUCGUCGAUCUAUCCCCCACCAGCCUCGCCUCGAUGAGCACAAGGUUGUCAUCCACCCUCUCAACACUGAGAGCGCCAUGAAGAAGAUGGAGGAGAACAACACCCUCGUCUUCAUCGUCGACGUCAAGGCCAACAAGGCUCAAAUCAAGCUUGCCCUCAAGAAGCUUUACGACAUUGACUGCCUCAAGAUCAACACCCUGAUCCGACCUGACGGUAGCAAGAAGGCCUACGCCCGCCUUACUCCCGAUGUUGACGCUCUCGACAUCGCUGCCAACAAGCUCUCUCUCGUUUAAAGACAUUACUUGGCUUGUGGAUUUCUGGCGUGUCAUUGGGCUGGUUUAUUGUCUGCUGAAAAUGCAAGACACGGACAUGGGAAAAGGCGUAAAAAGUGCUUCUCGUUUAGAGUGCAAAUGAUCAUGAAUUUAAAACCGCCCAGCACACUGUCGUGCCUAUUCGUCGAGG